GCAAUCCACAAGCAGCACGUGGUAUCACACAGCUGCAGACGCAAUACAAGAGCCCGUAAAACGAAUAUCACUCAUCUUGCCACCCUGACUCCACCACAUCUGGCAAGAUAUUAGUCUUUUGAUUCCUCCUCAACUUUGGGAUCUUCACUUUUCCGUAAUCAUGACUGAUAGCAACGUUAUCUCCAAGACGAUUACGGAGAAGAUCGACGAGUUGAGUGGGGAACUCCGCAAGCUCAGCCUUGGCAUUCACGAACAUCCCGAGCUCCGCUUCGAGGAGAAAUACGCCCAUGAUGUUCUAACGAAGUUUAUGGAGUCCAAGGGAUUCAACGUUACCCCACACUGGAAGGAUUUGGAUACCGCAUGGGUCGCGACGUUUACCCAUGGCUCUGGAGGAAGGAACCUUGGCUUCAACAGCGAGAUGGAUGCGCUGCCAGGUAUCGGACAUGCUUGUGGUCAUAAUUUGAUCGCGAUUGGGGGCGUCGCAGCCGCGUUGGGUGUUGCAGAAGCGAUGAAGCAACACAACAUUUCGGGAACCGUCACGCUUAUGGGCACACCGGCGGAAGAGGGAGGAGAUGGAAAGUGUAUACUGUUGAAGAGAGGAGCCUACGACGGGCUGGACGCUUGCCUGAUGAUCCACCCUCGCCCCGGUGCGAAAGACUGGCAUGGUGCGAACAGUUGUCUUGCAAGGGCGCAGGUAGAGGUCGAGUAUACGGGUCAUACCGCCCAUGCCGCAUUUGCCCCAUGGGAUGGACGCAACGCGCUGGAUGCAGCCGUUAUUGCAUACACGUCCAUCUCGACCCUCCGCCAGCAGCUGAAACCGACAACCCGCGUGCACGGCAGUUUGGAAGGAAAGGACUGGACGCCUAACGUCGUGCCAGACUAUGCCAAGCUGAGCUAUUAUGUCCGGACGCCGAGGUAUCAGGAGAUCGGGCCGGUUAUGAAGAGAGUAAAGGAAUGUUUUACUGCAGGAGGACUGGCAGCAGGUUGCGAGACGAAGAUAACUGAACAGUCGAUGAUGAUCGACUUGCUUACAAACAAACCACUAGCGGAGGAGUAUAAGAAUAUCGUGGAGGGACAGUUCGGGAAUAAGGUUGACCUUGGUCCGGAGGGAUUCUUUGGUGCUUCGACAGACUUUGGAAAUGUCUCCCAUGCCCUUCCCGGCCUUCACCCAGUUUAUGCCAUCCCCACCAAACCAGGUGGAGGAAACCACAACCCGCUGUUCACAGCGGCCGCCGCAACACCCGAAGCACACGCCGCAACCCUCGUCGCCGCGAAAGGGAUCGCGCUCACUGGGAUGAAGGUACUUACAGAUUCUUCAUUUGCAGUGAAGGUUCGAGAGAGCUUUGAGGCGGAUCUACAAAGGAUGAAGGAAGAGUUCCCGGAUGCGUGAUGUUAUGACCUUGAAGAAUUUGGAUUGGGUUGACGGAGUUGAACAACACGGAUAACCGAUAUAUGUAUGUGUAAAGUGAAAGAAAUCAAU